AUGGGAAACUAUGACGAACAAGGCCUGAAGGUGCAGCCACAGGAAGCAGCAGACGUAGAACUUCCUUGGGACGACGCACGGCAGCUGGUAGAAGCACUCGUACUGUCUCGAGUUGACACACCAGAUAACGCAGUAAAGGUCCUUGGACAGAGUUGGGUUCCAACUUGGGACGGCUGGAAAGAAUUGCGCCAAUGUGCGACAGAGCGCUGUUGUGUUGCAAUUGCGGAGCGACUGUGCGACAUCGCCCAGCAAAACACCCCUUACCAAAGCAAGACCGACACCCAAGCAUUGCAGACUUUGGCAUCCGAAGGGUUCAUGUGGCGGAAAGCGCUGUCACACGGCGUGAAUAACUGCUUGAUCGAUUCCCUCAUAUUGUGCUUGUCGUAUGAACACAUUUUGCCUCAUAACUUGACUGCAGAUGUCACAGCCAGGCGACGCGUUGCAGCUGCAUGCAGAAAGCAUUUGAUUCAAGAGAUUGGGGACGAAGUGGCUCCAGGCAGCAAUGGGCUUUUCCCAUUCUUGGAUGCGCAUCGGGAUGGCCCCAAAAUUGUAGGAUCACAACUCAAUGCUCUGCAGCGAGAAUCGCAGAGAAGCGGUAGCACACCUGAGAAGCUGAGUUGCAGCAAGGAUGCACGCUUUCACCUAUGUAGAACAUGCCAGGCAAGUUUAGAACCGAAGCAACUAGAGGGCAACGAAGCCUUCGAUUUACAGCAUCAUCUCGCGAAGGCAGUGAGUGCUGAGGUACAUGUGUACGAUUCAACUACCACUGACCUCAGUGUACCGCGCGAUGUUUACACCAUCGGUCGACUUGACAGCUUGCUGGUGCCAGUCUUCCGCCUCUAUCGCUACAAAAACGGCCGUUACGCCGCCUUGUUGCCUGCUAACCCAGCAGAACGGCCUGUGUUCACAAGUGGCGCCUCGCAGACAGCAACGCAGCAAGAUGCAAGUGCAAGCCCACUGCGCAAAACAGAGAUGAACGUGCCUCCUCGCCGUGUGCGCCACAAAGCACCGCCGGUCGGAUCAACAACAGCACCACCAUCCGGAACUGGUUCGCUGCAAG